AUGCGGUUACACGACUCACAGCUCGGAGACGCAUACCAGGAUAAGAAGAAGGACGAGGUUAGAACUCGCCUUGGGGAUGAAAAUUGGAAGGGGCCCACGGAGCGAGGGCUUUAUUUGAAGUAUGUUGAGAGCCUGAUAAGGAAAUGGCCGCAGCUCGAGCUGCUACAUGAUUUCAUGGAAGUUGGGACUGUGCCUACGCGUUGGUGCAUUUUCCCAGGGGAAGAAAAGGAGAAGAACGAGCGGCGACGCUAUGUAUAUCAUUCUGCCAUGGAAGAGAGAAGAAGACAACAAGAAGAAAGAGCUACGAAGAUGAAUGUCGCAUUACUGAGAUUCAACGGAGAUGGACAGGCAGAACAGCACCCAUCCAAUACCCUUCACAGGCCUGAAGAUCUUAGAAGGACCAUUGAAAUGGCAAAAAAACCUGGAUCAGGAGUCAUGUUCAGCUUAUUUGUCGUCGAGGACCUUUCACGAGACGUGAUCGAAACCCUUGGAUCUGAGCUAGCUAUUGAUCCACGAUUCUUCCGUGCUCACAUUACCGACUAUGUCUGGAACAACAUCCGCGACCGAUGGCGUGAGCCGUCAAUACUCCAGGUUGAUGCCAAAAGACAGAUGUGGUUCCAGCUUCGCUUAAUCCGUUCUCGGUACUUUGAGAAUCAAAACCAGCUGAAGGAAGCAAAAGUUCAAGUCAAUAAGUUCAAUGUUGUGCGACGCCUUGACGCGGAUAAGAACCAGAUUUUCUGGGAUAAGGACCCAGAUCCAACUAUAUGGGAAAGGCUUGCAGGUAAAUCUUCUCGGGGUACGGAUCGAGUGGAUGCAAAAGUUGGACAUAUGCGCAGUCGUGCUACGUUCUGGUUAAACCCAGAAUCGACCAUCGGUGUUCUUUUACUUGAACCAACUCCGGAAGCUGGAUAUCCUCUCUGGCGAGGAUAUCCCAAUUGGGACGAACUUCCUUCGUUCGGUACGACCCAUCCCCCUCCAGACGCAAUGCGCGACCCUGAGAUCCCGCCAUCUCUGAGAUCCAAGGAUGCUGAAAGCCCAAUGAGCUGGUUCGAAGACUACAUUUUCUGGGCCAAGAAGAGCACCAACUUCGCGAAGCCCAAAGAUGGUGCGAAUCAACAACUUUCUAUCCCCAUCCAGUGCUUGUUGCACUUGGUAUGUGGCGAGUGGCUGACGUUCGCUGACUAUCUUAACGCCCGGCUCAACCAAAUCGACUGGGGAAUCGUGAACCCAUCAUUCUUCCCCGAGUCUGGAGGCACAGACCAUCAGAAGCAGAGUCUUAGAAAGCUCCAUUUCUGGCGGCGAUGGGUACCCCAAGCACGAGAUAUGCUUCAAGCAACCAUGAGCCAAGUCCUGGAUGGUAAAGGAAACGAGGUUGAAAAGUCGUUCAGGCUUUAUCAAGAUGAUUUGGAGAUUAUCAAGAAACGUCUGGAGGACUACGAAACACGGAUUGACCGUCUCAGCACGGUUGUCAACUCGACUAUCAGCCUGACUGAUGCCAGCAACACAUCCAAGCUCACUAUACUGGCAUCGUUUUUCAUCCCGCCGAGCUUAGUGGCUGCACUGUUGUCAAUGAACAUGGACCCGCUGAUUGGGCUUGGGAACUCGCUCAAAUGGUGGGCAGUGGCGUCUGUCGUGGCUGUGACGAUUCUUUUCACCAUAGGUUAUCUCUUAAAGACCAAGAAGGCGGAAAGCUUGAAAAAGAACUUGUCAAUUACGAAACUGGGUUCUAAUUUGGAAGGACGGUGGAGGAACAGGUCACAGCCAAGUCUGGGUGCGAACGGUUCAGUUUGUUAA